AUGGCCAAAAUGAGAUUUUGCCUCAUCAAGUCUGCUCUGUUCGUUCCAGAGCUAUUCCGAAAGUGCACUUUCCUUGCAAAAUGGCUGCUCCAGGACAGAUCCUGUUACUCCCGCGUUUCGUCAAUUCUGAAUGAUCCCGAGUGCAUCUCAGACUCCUCACCAAUGGCUAAGGCGCCCCGACGAAGGCAUAACCUACAUAGAGGCACCAGUCUUAUAUUCCAAAGACAUGCAUAUCCAGCUCGGCCUGGUCUCUCCCUCACCCUGUCGUUAAAGUCAACCACUACCUGGGUCCUGAACCACACUUUGACCAUUUUCGAGCCAUUUCAAGCGGCUAAAGAAGCUUUUGAAAAGGCAUCACGAUGGCAGAGGGCCAUUGCGAAGUCUCGCUUCGCGGGCGCGGCGUCAUCAUCGAGAGUUAACAUGCAAGGAACGCGGGCUUUCUUACUUGCAAUUAUUGCCGGCAAAGCAAUCACCACGCUUACGGGCGAAUUUGGAAGAGGGUUCGGAGAUAUAUUAUCUUUACCUUUCCUGGUUGAACUGCGAGACUAG